UUCCUCAUAUUCUUUGAUUCGGGCUAGCUUAGCUUCCUCUAAAUAAAAGGUUUUUCCUUUUCAUUUAUAAAUAAACUCUUUAUUACAGAUAUUCUGUUUCUGACGAUCUAUUUGUUUGUGUGUACGUGUCUCAUUACAUUUCAGAGUUUUCUCCCCAACAAAAAUAAGCGAUUCUAAAUAAAACUUCGUGGAAAUGACGUCCUACUCGACUUCACAAUUGAUUUUCACCGUAGAAUACAAACUUUACAUAUGAUUAUGAAUGAUAAAACUAUACUUUGUUAGAUCUUAGGCCUCAGUGUUCUUUCCAGGAGGAAAAGAAAAACAAAUGAAAAAUCCCAAUCCUAAACCCUAACAGUUUAUUUUCUUUGGUUACUUCGUUUUCCAGAUUGCCCCUCCUUCUCCAGUUGCCAUUAUCGGGCCUCCGGAGGUGGUGGAAAGUUCCGGUGGCGAUCAUGCAACAAUGAUGAUAUCCAACAACGGUCUUCCUCAUCAGCGGAUGGACGUUGAUCAGGCUCCUGAAGAUCAGAACAUUAUUGAUGUUCUAAACGUCGAACCUUCAUCUCCAAAAAGAAGGGAAGAUGAGGUAUCAAACAUUAUUGGAACCUUAAGAGCGGGCAGAUACAAUGAAGGGGUCAUAAUUCAAAUGGAAAGUGAAGAAAACAAUCUUGACGAUGGUUAUAGCUGGAAAAAAUAUGGUCAGAGACUCAUCAUGGGGAACCAAAAUACGAGGAGUUACUACAAAUGCACAUUCGCUGGGUGCGAUGUGAAGAAGCAUGUGGAGAGAAGAGCAGACAAUGUGAAGUCAUUGGUGAUUACAUACUAUGGGAAUCAUGAGCACGAUGCACCAGUUCAACGCAGAAAGUGUUACUCUCUAAAGAAGAGGUCAGGUUCUUCAAUGUUUCAAGAUGCUAGCAAUCGAACCCCUCGUGUCAACAGCUCAGAAGGGGAAACAGUUUGAUUGUAUCAAUCAUAUAGUCAUAUUAUACUUCAUUAAUAGUUUCGUAUGUAACAUGCCUGAUUAUAUCCAUCUUCCUUGAUGUCAAGCCAUUAAGUAUUUGGGAUUAGCUAUGAUAUUCUUCUUUACAAGAAGUGUGUGAAGCCUUAAGUUCCAAGCCUUUGACUUGCUUUCCGAAUAAGCGAGAAAGUGUGAAAUUGAAUUGGGUUUAAUAUUCUUGUUAUGCUUUGCAGUACUUAGUUAUAUUUUACUUGCCAGAAACUCUCAAAUUUCUAUGGUUACAGCCACUACUUGAGUCUGAGGCAUUCUCCUCACUAACAGAUUCAAAGUCGCUGGAUAUAACUCAAAUACAUUUAAUGUUUUUUUCGUUUCUUAUCUAUCAAGACAUUAAUUGUCUAUACAUAUAAUGGAUCAUAUUUUUAAAGAAAAGGAAUCAUUUUGAAGAAAUUUUUUUGUUGUUGAUUUCUUGACAUAUAAUUGUUUGUCUUCUUAUUUUGUUUUGGUUAGGUAUAAUUUGGAGGGGACCCCAUGUUUUCAUGCCCGGGCUCUGUUUAUUACUUAACUUUUAAUGAACCCAUAUUACAAACAAUUUUUGUGAAGAAAGGAAAAUCAAUGCGGCAGUGAAAUAAAAGAUUGUUAGGGGAAAGACUAGUGGGUGAUUUAUGGUUUUUUCGUAGUCAUAGGCUCCAGUUUCUCAUAAAAUGGCUUAUUGGCGAGAUAGUAUUUGAGUGGUAAAUUAGGGAACUAACAAUGAUUUUGAUAUAAUGCAUUGUUAGGUUUUUUGGCUUCAUUCCACCCGGUUAUACCCCUUCAAGUUAUUGGUUGCCGGUUUCAUAUUAUAAAGUAAACGACAUGGUAGUUUUGUGUCGCAUAGUAACAAUCACAUAAUUUACGGAGCGUGUGGGACACCUGUAUUCAAAGCAUAUAUGUACAUUGUAGGGUGAGUACACGUUACAUGGAAAGUUCUAUUCCAUAUACUAUAUACAAUGUUAUUUGCUACGAUUUGUAUAGUACAUCCAUGACUAAAUUACAUAAAAUAAAAAUCUAAUGGGGAUUGAUACGAGAACACUUGACAAUUAAAUAUAAACCCUCAUCCCUUGCAACCCAAAUCUUU